AUGUUCGCCAAUUUCACCUCUAACGACCGUCGCAAGAGGGUUUAUGGCAAAGCGUCGCGUCACUCCGCCCUCCCGCCACCUCUACCCGAUUCCAACGACGAUGCGCCUCCAUCGCCAGAGCGGCCGCAGAAACAUACGGCAGCCUCAAACCGCUCGCUGAACAAAGCUGGAAGCGAAUUGAAUGGUGGAUCUGGUUCCGAAAUUGCGCGCGCAAAGACCGACGGACUCGACAUCUUCGACGUGCCCUCUGAAGACGAAUUCUUGUCGCGUCCGAAGCCUACGAAGAAAAUAAUACCGAAGCGUCGCAUACCCGAAGUGGACUUAGAAGCUACAGCUUCCUCCAAAGAUGAUUCUCUCAAAGAAUCCAAGAAGCCAGCGAGAGCCGCACAGCCGUUGCGCAAGCCCGAUGACGCAAAGCCUAUCGCUGUGAAGAGGAAGAAGCUUACUACGCCCGCGCAUAUUCCAAAGCCCGUACAAUCGUCGCUGCCUUCAUCCUCCAAUCCGGCCGUUCCUCGAACAAUACGCGAAAAAACGCCUAAGCUCGUACAAGCACCGAAACAGACCACACAAGACCACAAGUUAUCACACAGGCCGGUGGUCAAGGCGAAAGCACCUUCCGAGGCAGCGACGGUUGCGUCAUCACAGGUCAAGGUUCAGAAGACUGCAAGGACAGCACCGGCACUACCCGCGAAGAAAGCGUUAGGGAAGGCGCCAGCCAAACCAGUGGACGAUCUGGCCGUAUUCGACGUUCCAAUGUCGGACGAAGAGGCACCACCAACAGUCAAAAAGAUCUCACGCCAAGCUCAAUCGAGAGGACCAAAAGAGGCUGCCAAAAAGUUCAAAACAACUUCUGAAGCAUCUCACAAGGAUACGGUCGAGUCUGACGAUUCCAAUGCCUCCAAAAAACGCAAGCGCCAAGGGUCCGCUUCUUCCACUGCCACCGUAAAUCGACCAAUAUUGCACCAGAAGCCUGAACAGUCGGUGCCUCAGCGGAGUCGGAAGUACCAAAAGAACGAAGAUGGCGCUUCACCGGGACAUGGGUCAUCGAACCGGCCCAUCACAAGCUCGACUCAGAAAGUGCAGCCACCGGCGCCAACAAUCAACAAACCGACAAAGACAAGGCAGCGUACUGUACCUGUGUUAGCGUCGCGAACGAUUACCAAGGGUCAAUCCUCUCCGGCUAUGCUCAACGGCAUGAUUCCCGGCCGCCAACCAUCGAAGCCAUCUCCUGUUAAGGAAGUCUUUGAAGUUGCCGAGUUAGAAGAUGAGACUAUGUAUGACAUACCAGAUCCUUUGACUACGCCUGUUCGUCAGUCGAAAGCCUCCAUGCCAGGCUCGAUAACACCGCGACAAAAGGACCUUUUUGGUGGUUUGCUAAGCGACUCCUCAUCCUCGACUACGCCCAUGCCAAACUUCUCCAAUUUACAGUUGACGGAUCGCAAGCCAAGAUCACUCAUCGGCAGCUUAGCUAGGUCAAAAUCUGAUGUCACACAUAGUGCUAAGGCUCGUAAGACUAGACUCAUCGACACCCUCAAACCAUCAGAGCCCAGCUCAGAUGGCGAUGAAGAAGGUAGCAGCCAGGUUGGAGACGACUCGGAAGUAAGCUCAAAUCAUUCUUGGACUGCGGGGAAACCUUUGCAAAAUUCCGGAGAAGCCCAUCUCUCAAGUACGCAUCCCGACAACAUGGACGUGGACAAUCAGGGCAAGCUUGACUCUCAGACAUCACAAAACACAUCUGGAUUUGGUGUGCGCCCAAAACUUACUUACGCCAUGGCACGGUCAUAUCUGAGGGAAGACAACCCGGAAGAUGAUUUACUUAUAUCGAUGGAUUUGGACGACGGCUUUGGGUCGCAGUCCCAAAGGGAGACUAGAUCUGUAUCUGAGAGUGACGCAGAGAACAGCCAAGCACAGGCUCAGCAGGCUCAGCAGGUGCAUGAGCUUAGGACUCGGGGCCGCAACGCGGUCCUCCAUCAUGAAGCGGAGAUGAUGAUUGAAGAGACGUCCGCCACCACCAGUAAAAACAUACGACGGAGUGCCAUGAUUGAUCUAUGCACCAAGAUGGCGGACGAGAAGUUUUGCGAUCAGCUUCUCGACUCAGCUCUUGCCCACCAGUUCUUCCAGAACAUCUCUGUCAGCUGCGAGAUCGUCUUCGACUUUGUCGCUGCUGUCGCAACUGUCUUCGUCUUGCGUACCAACCCUGCCUAUUCUGUCCUGGGCCAGCUCUAUGAGACUGGGAGUCUCGCCAACCUAAUCAAACUUGCUGGAAACGGUGCAGACAUCAAGGAGAUUGCAAAAGAUCGGAAGACAAACCUGUCAAAGAUCGCGAAAGAGUCGGUCUUUUCAUUUCGCGCCUUGGUCCAGCAAUCCUAUAUCUGGUCGCCCACAGUAACAGAGAAGGUAUCACCACAGCUAGUGGCGUUGAAAGCCAUUGAGUUGCUCAUUAUUGGGCUGCGGAAGGCUGGCAACGCCGAUAUGCUUCUCAACCAAACAAUGAUAUCUCAGAUUGUUGAGAUUGCUUCAGCUUCGAACAAUCGGUCGGAGUCGAACAAUGCAGCGCCAGAAGACGAUGCGACACUGGAGAUGGUACUUUCGAUACUGGAGUCGACCUCAGCUACGAGACAAAUACAAGCUACUUGGUCAACUGGUGUGCUUCAACAGAUUGCGAAGUUCAUGCCUAGGUUCUUUCAGCCUGAUGCUGCAGCAUCGACCAUGCUUGCCGUUAAGCUCUGCAUGAAUCUGACCAACAAUAAACCAAAAGCAUGCCAGCCAUUUUCAACGAAGGCCUUUGUCCAGCCACUCAUGCAAUCCAUUGUUGAAAAGUUUCGUUCAAUCAACACAGAUUUGGCACUAGAGGAGCGAACAGAGAUCUUGGAUAGUUUGAUUUUGAGUUUGGGUGCCGCCAUCAAUCUUGCAGAGUUGAGUGAUCAGAUGAGGCUGAACGUCGCUGAUGAGACUGACACAUUGGUCGAAAUCUUCCUGGACGGACUGAAGCGUGCUUCUCAAGCUGCUUCUGUGGAAGAAUCUCGCUCUGGUGUGGCCACCGGGUAUCUUGGUGUCCUUAUUGGUAACCUGAGUCUCAACGAAAUCAUAAGGACAAAAGUCCGGAUGCUGCUACCGAACAAGCAACUCGAUACGCUGGUUGAUAGCAUCAAAGACUUUGUUCGUGUGCAUCAGCACGUUGAUCAGAAGGAAGACUUUGAUGGAGCAGAGGGUCAAGAGGCCUUGCAAACCUAUACCGCGCGCCUCAUGCUCGUCGUGGAAAAGCUGCAGAAUGCGGGUGUUUGA